AGACCCGGAAACAGUUGCUAUUUUAAGUGGGGGUGGGAUUGGGCGGGUCGGGCCUCGGCGGCUGACGGCGGGGGAGGAGCCGGGUCCACUGCCGGGUGGAGGGGCAAAGCGAGUGUCCUUAUCCUAGCAAUUGGGGCUCUGGGCCUGUAAGCCAGUUGGAGUCGCGGCGGCGGGAACGACUGGGCCGAGCGGAGGAAAACAUGUUGCUUUUCGUGGAGCAGGUAACAUCUAAAGGAACUGGUUUAAAUCCUAAUGCCAAAGUAUGGCAAGAAAUUCCUACUGGAAGUACCGAUGCCACCCCAGUAACUCAUGGAACAGAAAGCUCUUGGCAUGAAACAGCAGCCACAUCAGGGUCUCAUCCUGAGGGUAAUACAGAGCCAUCAGAAGAUACGUGUAAGGAAUAUGAAGUAAUGUAUUCUCCAUCUUGUGAAAGCACAAGAAAUACUACAGGCAUUGAAGAGUCAACUGAUGGAAUGAUUUUAGGACCAGAAGAUUUGGGUUACCAAAUAUAUGAUGUUUCUGGAGAAAGCAAUUCAGCAAUUUCUACAGAAGACCUAAAAGAAUGUCUGAAGAAACAAUUAGAAUUUUGUUUCUCACGAGAAAAUUUGUCAAAGGACCUUUACUUGAUAUCUCAAAUGGAUAGUGAUCAGUUCAUCCCAAUUUGGACAGUUGCCAACAUGGAAGAAAUAAAAAAGCUGACCACAGACCCUGAUCUAAUUCUUGAAGUAUUGAGAUCUUCUCCCAUGGUACAAGUUGAUGAGAAGGGUGAGAAAGUGAGACCAAGUCAUAAGCGUUGUAUUGUGAUUCUUAGAGAGAUUCCUGAAACAACACCAAUAGAGGAAGUGAAAGCUUUGUUUAAAAAUGAAAACUGCCCCAAAGUGAUAAGCUGUGAGUUUGCACACAAUAGCAACUGGUAUAUCACUUUCCAGUCUGACACAGAUGCCCAGCAGGCAAGGAUAAAAGCCAUCAACACAUUUUUUGCUAAGAAUGGUUAUCGAUUAAUGGAUUCUAGUUUGUAUAGUCAGCCCAUUCAUACUCAAGCACAGUAUGCCUCACCAGUCUUUAUGCAGCCUGUAUAUAAUCCUCAUCAGCAGUACUCAGUCUAUAGUAUUGUGCCUCAGUCUUGGUCUCCAAAUCCUGCACCUUACUUUGAAACACCACUGGCUCCCUUUCCCAAUGGUAGUUUUAUGAAUGGCUUUAAUUCACCAGGAUCUUAUAAAACAAAUGUUGCUGCUAUGAAUAUGGGUCGACCAUUCCCCAAAAAUCGUGUGAAGCCUCAUUUUAGGUCAUCCAGUGGUUCAGAACACUCAACAGAGGGCUCUGUGUCAUUGGGGGAUGGACAGUUGAACAGAUCUAGUUCAAGGAACUUUCCAACAGAACGGCAGAACCCUACAGUAGCAGGGCAUCAGGAGCAAACUUUCCUCACAAAGGAGACUCCCACUCUGCAGAUGGAACAGAAUGGGGACUAUGGUAGGGGCAGGAGAACUCUGUUUAGAGGUCGAAGACGACGAGAAGAUGACAGGAUCCCAAGACCCCAUCCUUCAACAGCUGAAGCAAAGCCUCCAACACCAAAGUUUGACUUACUAGCCUCAAAUUUUCCUCCUUUACCUGGAAGUUCAUCAAGAAUGCCAGGUGAACUUGUUUUGGAGAAUAGGAUGUCUGAUGUUGUUAAAGGUGUCUACAAAGAAAAGGAUAAUGAAGAGUUGAGAGUGAGUUGCCCAGUGCCUGCAGAUGAUGAGCAGACAGACUGCACUUCUGCCCAACAACUAAGUAUGACUCCCAGUCCUCCAGGUGCAACUGAGAUUCCUGCAUUAAGCACAACUCAGCAAGAAAAGGAUUUAGUAGAGGAUACCACUGUUCAGAAGGAUGUUCUCAACCAGAUACCAGUUUCUUCCCCAAGUACUACCAAGCCAUCAAGGGCAAAUACUGCUUCACCAUGUAAUAGUAACAUAAAUGCAGCUGUAGCUGUGGCUCUGCAGGAACCCCGAAAGUUAAGUUAUGCUGAAGUGUGCCAGAAGCCCCCAAAAGAGCCGUCUUCAGUUCUUGUGCAACCACUGCGGGAACUUCGCUCCAAUGUAGUGUCUCCCACCAAAAAUGAAGAGAAUGGAGCUCCUGAGAAGUCUGUUGAGAAACCGCAUGAGAAGCCAGAAGCAAGGGCUAACAAGGAUUAUUCUGGCUUCCGAGGCAAUGCCACAGCCAGGGGAGCAGCUGGAAAAAUCAGGGAACAGAGACGCCAGUUUAGCCAUAGGGCAAUACCUCAGGGAGUGACUCGACGUAAUGGCAAAGAGCAAUAUGUGCCACCCAGAUCACCAAAGUAAAAAAAGAAAAAAAAAAAACUUUUCACAAACUUUUCUCUCUUCCCAUUAAACUUGAGCCGUGGCUAUAUUGAACUGUUUUGGAGGGGAGGGUUUCGCCAGAAAGGAAACAGGAAGAUGUAUGUCCUUAAAUCAUUAUGGAUUUUGGCGUUGUGAGCAGUAGGAUCCCAAAAUUCAUCUCUAAUGUGAUUUUUUAAAUGCUGGAGGAUUCCAAUCAGUAUAAAUAUAUAUAUAUAUAUAUACACACAUAUAUAAAAAUAUAUAAUUUUUCUAUUUUUGUUUUUGAUUUUAAUUUGCAGAGAUUUUCUGCUUAGAAUCAAUUUUGAACGUUCAGAUUUAGCUUGAAGAAAACAUUAUACAUCCUUCAGUAUAGGAGAUGAGGGAGUGAGAGAAAAUAUUUUUUGAACAAGCAAUUCUGUAAAAUUAGAAAUUACUUUUUUUAAUCUAUUUAAAAGUUUGGCUUGGAAAAUGCCAUCUCUGGCUAUAUCGCCUUUUGUUGCAAAGCAGAUCUGUGGCUGGAGUGCCUGUUGUGGAUGUGAGUGUGGACAAGAGCGAUUGAAGCCAAAUCUGUUGUGUUAGUAAAUGAUUUUAAAACUGAAUGUAAUACUUGAGUAGUUUUUUCUUCCUAGUUUGAAAUUUAGUCUGUCUUUCUGAGCUUACUAAUAUUUCAUCCAAGAAGUUGUACUUGGAAAUGUGACUACCAAUCAGUUUGAUACUCAAGGAAAAAAGUUUAUUCAGAAAAUUGAAAAAAAUUCAUCUUAGACCUGAAUCGAUAGCCUUCAGAGUUUUAAACUGCCCUGUGAUUUUUCCCCUAACAUGGGAAACAAACGUUUUUUGGAUACUCUAUGAUACUCUCUGUUCUUUGCCCACUCCCCAAAGCAGAAUAACCACAUAAUGAAUUCUGUGUUUGUAACUGCUUUGACAAGUCUAGUCAAAUGAUUCAACUGUUCUAAAUUUCAGAUUCAAUUGAACAUGAAAUAUUUACUCUUCUGUUCACUUACAGAAUUUUAGGUCCCAGAAUGGUAGGGCAAACUAACCCUACAAUAAUUUAUUUGCAUUAAUGUUUAAGGUGAAACAUUGUAACUUACUUUAAAAAGUGAAAUAGUGUAGAAGUAAAAAAACAUUUUUAAAAGGCUUAAUUUGGGGGGAAUCUUUUUUCUGUUUACAGAGUAUUAUUUUCCCUCCUUCAUUUCUUCCCCCACCCUGAAAAAAAGAUACAGUUUGGAAUUCACUGAAACAGAACCAGCAAGUCUUGAGAUUUUUAAGAUGAAGAAAAUGGUUGAAGAAAAUUAAUGUGUAUUUUCUCAGUGGAUAAAGUUAUAUAGUUUUCAUAUGUUAAAUAGACAAGUUUACAUGCUGGUAUUUAGGAAGUGGCUCUACUAUUAAAAACCAUGUUGCAUUAAUCUGUUUUAAGUCAUACCAUGUUCAGAGUUCUAUGUAAGGUGGCUUUUGUUUUUCUUUUUAUGGAUAGUUUGUAAUACGUAAGAACUGUCCCUUAUGUUAGUGAAUUACAUAUGUACAAAUUGAAACUGUAAAUUGUGAACACUGGAAAGCACCAUUGUGACAUAGACUAAACAUCUUAGUAAUAUAUUAAAAUGAAUGUAAAUGGAAGUUAAAAUUACAUUACUGUGAAACUUAUCUUCCAACUCUAAGUUAAGCUUCGAAAAUUUGUAUUAGUGGGUAACUAUUAAGAGCUUGGAAAACACUGCACAUUUCUGUACAAGCCAGAAUUAUUUCUUUGUAACUUAUUAUUCAGCUUGGCAAUUGCUUUUGAUUUGUUGGAUUUUAUAACAUGGUAUAACAUAUUGCUCAGUUUGAAACUAUUCAUUUCUACACACUAUUUUUUAAAUCGCUUAGUAGAUGAAACAUACAAUGAAACUACCUGUGCUGAAAUUUGGGGGAAGUUUAGGUCCUUUUAAGGAAAGUAUUAAUAAUCACUGACUACAUCUAUGAUAAAAGUGCUUAUUUUUGUUUACUUAGAUAAUGCUGCAGUUGGUGGAAAUGAUAAACAUUAAAGUGUUAACAUCCUGUGAAUGCAUUGGAUUUAAGAGAAUAAACAUUUUGUAAAAAUCACUUGGUAAGGAUUAUAAACUUAAUUAUUGCACUUAAAAUGAAACAUACUUUUUUUAAACAAUGUGUCACAGAUGUAGGCUUGUAUUAUAUGUAUGCUUGUGUGUCUUAAUGUUUCUAAAAAUCUAAAGAUUCUAAUUGUAACACAAAAAAAAGUCUUUUAAGAGUCUUCUUUUGAAGAAAGCAAGUGUAUUUUUGCUUUUUCCCUAAACAUUACUGAAAGUAGAAAUUUAAUUUGAAGACAUGACCAUUUUUUAAAUUUCUCAUAGUGUUUUUAAUUUAAUUUGCCUCAUUACAACUAAUAGUUCCCAUUUGAUGGGAUAUAUAGAGAAGAAUAAGUGUGUGUGUAUGUGUGUGUGUAUAUAUAAUAUAUAUUCACAGUAUGUAUUUAGCAUUUAUUUUAUUACACCAGAUUUAAGGAUUUUAUCUAAAUGAUGCCUGUGAGUUGUGUGAAAACUGUUGGCUUUUUUCCCAGCAUUACUCUAUUAUUGAUGAGGGUGGGUGUUCAUUGUAGUUCAAUUAUUUAUUUGGUUCUUUAGAUGGAAAAAUGUCAAUAUCAAAAUUUUUCGUCAGCUUUAUGAUUUACCAUUUUUCCUUAGGCUGUUGAAUGUCUGAUACAGUGAUGUUCUGCCAUAAGUUUUUACUGAAUGAAAAGAAGUUAUUAUUACCUUGCAGUUUAGAGGAAGUACAUAGAGACAUUGCAAAACCUGCCUCCAUUUUUUAUCCUGAUAAUUAAGGUUUUCGUAAUGUCAACGGCCUGUCUAAUCUGAAUAAUUUCAGUUUUGCCAAAAAUAGGCACAUUAAAAUAGUGAAUUUUUUUCAACCGUAUUUUAGAGGAAGAUAAUACUUCAGUGAUACAGGGUUAUGGUGGUCCUAAGUGCUCAGUGUACAGGAGAUCAGAUGACACGCAGAAUUCUCAUUUAUUUUUGGUUCCUAAAAUGAAGGUAGCUUGAAUAUUUCACAUUCCAUUUUCUUUUUAAAUAACCAUGUUUGCUUGUACAAGGCUUAAAUGAUGGAGUAUUAGCAUCUUCACUAGUGUUUACACUAGAAAACAAUGUUGCUGGAACAGAAAAUAGCAUUUAAAAGUUACUGAACCCUUCUCUAGUUUAUUAGGUAUGGCCUUACUAAUUAGUCUCUUUGCUUAAAUGUCCACUGGCUUUACUCUGACACAGUCAAACAACACUGGAGUUAAUUCUCUGAUAUUUGUGUUGGCAAUAUAUAUUAAUCAUUUUAAAAGUACCAGUUUUUCUUUUUUAACAGAAAAGGCAAACUCAGAAGAGGACAUGUGUUUCUUUUAAGGGGAUUUUAUAAAUUCUUAAUUAUAUGACAGGUAAAGUUUUCUAAUAUUUUAUAUUUCCUUAGAUUUGGUGGCCAUUAAUUUAACUGGGCUUUUUGGCAUAUGCUAAUGUAGCUCAACUGAGUGUCCAAGAAAAUACUUAGACAUUUCACUUUUUAUGAACUGAAGGAGGAUAUUUUAAGGAGUUGAAUUUGUUUUCAAGUUGAGAAUCAAUUCUAUUUUACAAUUCACUUGAUUAUUAAAUAACUUAAAGUUUAAUUUUUAAAGCUGAGGACUUUUUGUGAAUCUUUGAGUAGACAGUUCCUAAAAGUACAACUCAGAUAUCAACAGACUGUGUGUUAAAUGGUUUUAUUUUCACUUUUCAGCACAGAAUACUGAGUAGCAUGUGUAAAGAAAUAUCCAUAUCAGCUUUUUUUAAAAUCCUGAUUCAGGUGUCCUUUGAGUGACAUCUCUUAAAUGUGAGGGGUUGGGGUUUAGAACCAGUUCUCUGACUUCUAUUUUGUCCAUUGCGUAGGUUUGUUUCUAUUGUCAAAAAUGUCCCCUCCCAAAAUGGUAUGACACAUGCUCAUGCAUAAAAUGUUAAAAUGAGUA